AUGAGUCAUUCUGGAGCCGGAGGCUCAGGUAAAAGGAGAAUAAGGGAUCUUUUAAAUCAGUCUGAUAACCGAGUCUGUGCUGAUUGUGGUGCUCAUGAUCCCAAGUGGGCGUCAGCAAAUAUCGGAGUGUUUAUAUGCUUAAAAUGUUGUGGUGUGCACAGAAGCCUUGGCACUCAUGUCUCAAAGGUCUUAUCUGUGACAUUGGAUGAAUGGUCGGACGAAGAAGUCGACUCUAUGAUUGAAAUUGGAGGAAAUGAAUCUGCAAAUUCAAUAUACGAGGCAUUUAUACCUGAAGGUUGCUCUAAGCCUGGACCUGAUGCUAGUCAUGACCAGCGUAUGAGGUUUAUUAGGUCAAAAUAUGAGCUCCAAGAGUUUCUGAAACCGAGUUUGAGGAUCACAUCCGGUCAGGCCUCUAGCACAAAGAGCUCAGCAAAUCUUUCAUCAACUGUAUCUAAAAAGAUCAUUGAUAGCUUCCGCUCAAAUUCAUCAUCGCAACAGCCGCAACUUGAAGGCAUGGUUGAGUUUAUUGGAUUGUUGAAGGUGACUCUUAAAAAGGGUACCAGUUUAGCUGUCCGAGAUAUGAUGUCAAGCGAUCCCUAUGUUGUGUUGACUCUAGGAAAACAGACUGCUCAAUCUACUGUGAUGAAGAGCAACUUAAACCCGGUCUGGAACGAGGAACUCAUGCUCUCUGUGCCUCAUAACUAUGGCUCAGUGAAACUGCAAGUGUUUGAUUAUGAUACAUUUUCUGCCGAUGACAUAAUGGGAGAAGCUGAGAUUGAUAUCCAACCUCUGAUUCAAUCUGCAAUGGCUUUUGGAGACCCUGAAAUGUUUGGAGACAUGCAGAUUGGGAAAUGGCUCAAAUCCCACGACAAUGCUCUUUUAGAGGACAGCAUCAUCAACAUUGCAGAUGGGAAAGUGAAACAAGAGAUUCAUAUCAAGCUCCAGAAUGUUGAAUCUGGUGAAUUAGAACUAGAAAUGGAGUGGCUUCCUCUUGACCAAUAA